AUGUCAAGUAUAAUGAGAGUUGAAUGGUUUUUCUCAAAUGUAUGUCACUGCGUUGCAUUUUGUGAAUACAUAUUACUAAUAUUGUACAUUAAGUGGUUAGUGAACAAAAUAAAUGAUCAAAUCUUGGAAAGAUAUGCAACAAUAAGCACACUUAGAGAUUUGUAUUUGGAAGUUAUAGAAUGCUUAAACGAUAUCAAUAGUUCAAUAUAUGGUUUGUCAGGCAUAGUUGGCCUUAUCGGGACAAAUGCUGUUGAAAUUAUUAACAUAUUGUACCGUUAUAUAAUUUUCCCAGGAAAAUUUUUUCCUGAUCAUGAUUAUAUUACUUCGUUUUUUUUAAUGGAAUUAUCAAUAAAAAAAUUUAAUGUUAUAGUAUUCUACAAGAUUGGACAUAUGACGGAAAAAGAGAUUAAUCGGAUGAGUCUUGUAUUACAUCAACGGUCCACGAUAGAAAGAAAUCCUAGAAUAAAACGGCAGAUCAAGUAUUUUAUGCUACGAAGAUUGCACGAACACUAUCAUUUUAAGUUGUAUGGAAUAUGUCAGAUUAAUUUAAGACAACUACUCAUCUUAUCAAACAAAAUAUGCGCUUACUUAUUUAUUCAAAUUCUGUUCAAAUUGAAUAAAUAA